AUGCCAGAUACCACUGCCAGUCCCAAGGAAGAGCUCCUUGCAGUGAUAGCGGAAGAAUUGGGCAUGGACAUUGAUGAUCUUUCCGAUGAUACAGACAUUUCUCACUUGCAAAACGACACCGCUUUAUCCCGACUCAUCCUGAAAAGAGUUCCUUUUAGCCUUCAGGAUGAUAUCAAUCGCACAACUUUUCAAUCUUGCACCGAUAUCGCGGAUCUCAAAGCGCACAUCGACCAAGUGAUGACACUGCGCGAGCCUCCUAAGCAAUCUGAUAAACGCAAAGCGAAACUUCCCAUUGUGUUACUUCUCAGAGGCAACGAGGCCACGGCUAAGAAGAAAGUAUUCCUGCUUCCUGAUGGCUCGGGGUCUGGCAUGGCCUACAUGUCCAUUCCACCAAUUGAUCCAAGUAUUUGUCUAUAUGGGAUCAACAGCCCAUACCUUCACUCUCCUGAGGUUUUUAAUGGUACAAUAGACGAUUUGGCUCAAAUUUGGACCGCUGAAAUACAGAAAGUUCAACUAAACGGCCCAUAUACUCUCGGUGGCUGGUCUGCUGGAGGAUACUUUUCUUUCGAGGUCUCCAAACUCUUAAUAAGUAAGGGCGAGCGUGUUGAGAAGCUCAUUCUAAUAGACUCCCCAUGUCGACUAUUAUUCGAGGCUUUACCCCCUCAGGUAGUGGAAUGCCUGGCGAAAAAUAACUUGAUGGGAAACUGGAGUGAAGGAGGCACCCCAAAAUGGCUGGUCAACAGCUUUGUGUCAACUAUUGGUGCCGUGGAAAAAUACAUGCCAACUCCAAUGGUGAUUCCCAAUGGUGCCAAAGCUCCAGAAGUCUUCAUCAUCUGGGCGUCGGAAGGGGUGUUCCCAGAUGGUGUAGAAGCAUAUCCAGAGCUAGAUAUGAGCGUGAGGGUCACACGAUUUUUAGUCAACAAGAGAAUCCAAUUUGGUCCACUUGGUUGGGAUAAACUAUUUCCAGCUCAGGAUAUUAGCAUUGCCAAGAUGCCAGGCAGCCACUUCAUGAUUGUCCAUCAGCCAAACGUUGAUACACUGGGGAAGCUGCUAGGAGACGUCAUCCAAGGCCUCCCGGCAGAGAGGAAAAGUCAUUGGACGGUAUGGCGGAACAGGUCAUGA